ACAAUUUCUUCUCUCAAUUCUCUACUUCCACUUUCUCUCUCUAAAAAACUUUCCGAGCGAUGUCGAGGCGGCCCGGCAAGGAAGUGGCGGCACAGGCGGCGGGUGGACAGCGGUUUUCCGGCGAGAAGGCAUCGUAUUUUCGUUCUGGGGCUGGGAAGAGUAUGGACAUUAUGAGAAGUACGAUGAACUCAAUGGAGAGCUCGGGGCCCAGACACGUUAGAUCCCGUGGUAUUUCGGCCUCGGCUCGUAGAGAACGGGUGCACUAUUCUGAGGAUGAUGAAGAUGAUGAUGGUGAUGAGGAGGAGGAGGAGGAGGAUGCAGAUGAGGAUGUGGACGAUCAGAGUUGACC